CUUUUCCUAAAGACUGCGAUAUUGUGGGGUGGUUGGGGAGAGGCGCCGUUCUUUAACCUUGCAUUUAAAGUUGUUGUUAUUGUUUAUUUUUUCCUUGAUGUGGUGGCGACGAAGACCCAGCUACACAGCCUUCGCAGGCCAGGCAAACUGCUUUUUCUUUUUUUUUCUUCUUUUUUUUUCUUUUUUGUCGCCUUCUGUUGAGUCUGCAAUGCCGUGUUUAUGGGGACCACUUCGUAAUAUUUUCCAGCCAAGCCGGGCGAUCUACCACGGACCAGGAAGCAGCUUCGCAAGUUUUUAUUUCUACGAAUACUUGCGUGAGAUUAUUAGUCAUUUCUCUGGAAGUUUCGAUGGAGCGUGGGUGAGGUCUGGGCCCCGGGGGAGUAGGAGGCUGUGGGCACGGAGAGGAGUAGGUUGUGGCCUGUGGGUAGCGUGUGGUGAGUGAUCGGCGAUGAGAUGCCCGCCUCAUGAGCCCCUCGUUGUUUUCUGUGUGCCCGGGACUCGCCCACGUCUCGCCCUCGUAUCUCUCUUUGCGAAUCUAUGCCGUUUUCUCCGGUUGUAGUUUUCGGUAUAAAAGUCCCUUGUUUAUCCAUGGGAUUGGCCUUGACAUUACCUGUGGGGUUGAUUAUCCUUUAUGAGUUACCUGGUGCACCCUUACCCGGAGGCACGCGGGUCGCAACUGGCCCCUAAGGAGGCUUUUUUGUCCGUUCUGCGUCGGGGAGGAAAGACUUCGAGCUCGGGAUACUGCCAGACGCUCCGUUGCGAUGGGGACGCCGUGGUCCUCCUGCCGUUCCCUCGGUAAGUGUCUUGGUGGAGUCCCGCCGUUGAGGGAGGGACGCGGGCCUCCCUUCGUCCAAGAGGCGGAGGCACAUCGGCAGGAGCGGCGGAGAGCGGGGCGACGUGGGCAUGAGGGUGGCACACACACGUGCGGAGGAGAGGCUUAUUAGGGGUGCGAGGGGCGGCGGGCGGGCAGUGUGGUGCUGCUGGAGCAGCUCCUUCCGAGUGAGUCCCGCUUUGAGCACGCCGAGCCUGCGCCGCGCGAGGAUGCCCGUGAGCGGCAAGCAGAGCUCCCCUGAGCCCGAGUACCGCCUGGUCCGCCACGCCCGCUUCCGCACCUCGGACUCCACGGUGGGCAUGAAGCACGAACCCGUCUCCUCGCAGGACCUGGUCCUCGCCCGGCUCGACGCCCUCUUCACGGACAUCAAGGCCAAGCAGGAGGAGGACUACAUCAGGAGGCACUCCUACAUCGACUCCUCCGGCUGCAGCGAGCACAAGAAGGGCGCGGCGGGCGAUCGCCGCGGCAGCAUCGGCGACCGCAGGCUGAGCUCCGGCGACCGCAGGGGCAGCCUGGGCGAGCGAGGGGCAGCACCCCGGCGCCGGCGACAGGCGCGCCAGCACCAGCAACCUGGCCGACCGCCGCGCCAGCCUCAACGGCGGGCCCGAGCGGCGCGGGAGCCUCGCCUCCGCGACGGACCGCCGCGGCAGCUACAACAACCUGACGGACCGCCGGAACAGCCUCAACGGCGCCGGCGACCGACGGGGGAGCACAGGCGGCCCGAGCGACCGACGGGGGAGCUCGAGCACCCUGGGCGAGCGCCGAGGCAGCCUCAACGCCUCCGCGCCCGCCACGCGCCGGGGAAGCACCAACGGCUCCGUCGCCAAUGGCACCGGCGAGCGGCGCAGCAGUGCCAGCGCUGGCGACAGGCGCGGCAGUCUGAACGGAGGCCUGGGAACCAGGACCUCUCCGAGGAGGGACCUGGGCUCCCCGAGGGCCUCGCCCCGGCGGGAGGUGGGCUCCCCGCGAGCCUCUCCCCGCCGCGCCAGCGACCCUGCCGGCAGCAGCACCGCCCCGUUGAGGCGGCCCUCUGCUGGCACUCCCGCUGCGGCCGACGGGCGGCGCCUCUCAAAGGACGUGAGCGAAAACCCGCGAGGACCCCGUGGUAGCGGUCAAGGCCGGGUCCGCCGCGAUUCCCUGGACGUGGAGGCGCUGCUCGGGUCGCGCCGCCUGUCGCUCUACGACACGAGCAUCCUGAGGAGGACGAGGAGCCGCCCAACCGUCACCCGCAUCACGCCGCCUCAGUUCUCUCCGCCCAGGACUCUCCCCCGCCAGGCCUCUCC